AUGUGACUGUGAGUGAAAGCUGUCAACUGUGUAAUAUAUUACUUAUAUAAAUUGCUCUGCUCGGAGGCUCGGAGACCUCUGAGUGUGGAGUCCAAAGCACCGAAUGGACACUGUUGCCAUUGCUGCGCCACCAUACUCUUGAAGUAGACCAAAAUCCCAUUACCCUCUCUCUCACUCUCUCCGCUCUCUCUGCAUUUCACAAACCAUAACCAGCUUUUGUUAAACUUGGUGUACAGAAAGCUAUGGAAAGUAACUCGGUUCCCAAGUCCUUCUUAUUCUUCUGUUUGGUCUGGCUACUGGGUUUGGGUUCCCAGCUGACCCAGUGUAGCGUGACCUACGAUAGGAAGGCCAUGGUGAUCAACGGCCAAAGGAGAAUUCUCUUUUCUGGGUCCAUACAUUACCCAAGAAGCACUCCUGAGAUGUGGGAGGAUCUGAUACAGAAGGCGAAAGAUGGAGGCCUGGAUGUGAUUGAGACCUACGUUUUCUGGAACGUCCAUGAGCCUACUCCUGGCAAUUACAAUUUCGAAGGGAGAAAUGAUUUGGUUAGAUUCAUAAAGACUAUUCAAAAAGCAGGGCUCUAUGCUCAUCUCCGCAUUGGACCUUAUAUUUGUGCAGAGUGGAAUUUUGGAGGAUUUCCUGUUUGGCUCAAGUAUGUACCAGGCAUCAGCUUCAGAACAGACAAUGAGCCUUUCAAGAGGGCAAUGCAAGGGUUCACUGAAAAGAUUGUUGGACUGAUGAAGAGUGAAAAACUGUUCGAGUCCCAGGGUGGCCCCAUCAUACUGUCUCAGAUUGAGAAUGAGUAUGGGGCACAGAGUAAGUUACUUGGGGCUACCGGCUACAAUUAUGUGACUUGGGCGGCAAAGAUGGCUGUUGAAUUGGGAACUGGGGUCCCCUGGGUGAUGUGCAAGGAAGAAGACGCCCCAGAUCCAUUGAUAAACACGUGCAACGGUUUUUACUGUGAUUCAUUCUCUCCCAACAAACCCUACAAGCCCACUAUAUGGACAGAGGCUUGGAGUGGCUGGUUCACGGAAUUCGGUGGUCCAAUCCACCAGCGGCCAGUCCAGGAUUUGGCAUUUGCGGUUGCUCGAUUCAUACAGAAAGGAGGAUCCUUUGUUAACUACUACAUGUACCAUGGAGGCACCAAUUUUGGCCGUACAGCUGGAGGCCCUUUCAUCACCACAAGCUAUGACUAUGAUGCUCCUUUAGAUGAAUAUGGUUUGAUUAGGCAACCAAAGUAUGGUCAUCUAAAAGAGCUUCAUAGGGCAAUCAAGAUGUCUGAGCGAGCUUUGAUUUCAGCUGAUCCUAUUGUGACUUCGUUAGGUGGCUUUCAACAGGCUCAUGUAUACUCGUCAGAAUCAGGAGAUUGUGCAGCUUUUCUUGCUAACUAUGAUACAAAGUCAGCUGCAAAAGUGAUGUUCAAUAACAUGCACUAUAACUUGCCUCCUUGGUCCAUCAGCAUCCUUCCCGAUUGCAGAAAUGUAGUCUUCAAUACUGCAAAGGUUGGAGUUCAAACAUCUCAAAUGGAAAUGCUGCCAACUAAUGCUGAGAUGCUCUCAUGGGAGAGCUAUGAUGAAGAUCUUUCUUCCCUGGAUGACAGCUCAACAAUCACUGUUCCUGGUCUCUUAGAGCAGAUAAACGUCACAAGGGACACUAGCGAUUACCUGUGGUACAUAACUAGUGUUGAAAUUGGCCAAUCUGAAUCCUUCCUGCGUGGAGGUGAACUCCCCACACUCAUUGUUCAAUCAACAGGCCAUGCUGUCCAUGUCUUUAUCAACGGACAACUUUCAGGAUCUGCAUUUGGGACAAGGGAGAUGAGGAGAUUCACUUAUACUGGCAAGGUCAAUCUGCAUGCUGGAACAAACAGAAUUGCACUACUGAGUGUUGCUGUUGGUUUGCCGAAUGUGGGUGGUCACUUCGAGACAUGGAAUACAGGAAUCCUUGGUCCAGUUGCUCUGCAUGGACUUGACCAGGGAAAGUGGGACUUGUCCUGGCAGAAAUGGACCUACCAGGUAGGGCUAAAAGGAGAAGCUAUGAAUCUUGUUUCUCCAAAUGGAAUUUCUUCUGUGGAAUGGAUGCAGGGAUCAUUAGCUGCACAGCAACAACAGCCGUUGACUUGGCAUAAGACAUUUUUCAAUGCGCCUGAAGGAAAUGAGCCAUUGGCCUUGGACAUGGAGGGUAUGGGGAAAGGUCAAAUAUGGAUCAAUGGGCAGAGUAUUGGAAGAUACUGGACAGCAUCUGCUAGCGGUAAUUGCAAUGGGUGCAAUUAUGCUGGAGCAUUUAGACCUCCAAAGUGUCAGCUUGGUUGUGGCAAACCCACCCAACGAUGGUACCACGUGCCUCGGUCUUGGUUGAAGCCAACACAAAAUCUGUUGGUGCUCUUUGAGGAACUUGGAGGGAAUCCCUCAAGUAUUUCUCUUGUCAAGAGAUCAGUGGCCACUGUUUGUGCUGAGGUCUCUGAGUACCACCCAACCAUUAAGAACUGGCACAUUGAAAGCUAUGGAAAAUCAGAAGAACUCCACAGACCCAAGGUUCACCUGCGGUGUAGUGGGGGGCAGACCAUAUCUUCCAUUAAAUUUGCCAGCUUUGGAACUCCCCUUGGAACUUGUGGAACUUACCAGCAAGGAACAUGCCAUGCCCCUACCUCAUAUUCUAUCUUAGAGAAGAAGUGUAUAGGGAAGCAGAGAUGUGCGGUCACCAUAUCCAACAGUAACUUUGGGCAAGACCCAUGUCCAAAUGUGUUGAAGAGGUUAUCAGUUGAAGCUGUUUGUGCUCCUACGACUAAUACAAAUUGGGGAGGUUAAUACUUAAUAGGUAAAAGAGGGCUAGAAUUGCUCUUAAAUGUUGCAGCUGACUUUAACUAAAUAUUACCAGCAAGAGAAGCAAGACAAAGAAGAAUAAAGGUAGUACAGGCAAAGGUUUUCUAGUUUGUUAGGUCGAGUGCAUAGUCGGAUUGUAGCUCUGGCCAAAGUGGUUGUUGCCAAAGGCAAUUAGUUCUUAAUUUAAGAGGGGUUAAUGGUAAAAUAGUGAUUGUUAGGCGGGUGAGUUUGUGAAUUCCCGGGGUCCGACAACUCGGGCCUUAAGGUGAAUUUCAAGCCCCGGUCCCCGACCUUUUAACCGGGAAUGGGCACUGGGAAAAGAAGUAAUUUGUUAAGAGUGUGGUUUACAUUUGUGUUUGUAUUAGUGGGGAAAAAUCAUAUACCCCAGUUAGGGUUCAUGUUGGGAGCGGAUCCUAGUAUGGCCAUUGUUUUCUCUGCAGUUACUCAAUCUAAAGUCCAUUCAAUCUUUUUACUUCC